CGGGCCUGGCGCGGUGCCUCCCGAUCCCGGGGGAUCUCGGUGCCCGGCUCGCUGCUCCCCGCACCCCGGCCCUGUCCCGACUCCAGGCCCAGCUUUCGGGGGGCGACUCUCGCCCGUUCAUGCUGCAGCCAUAGGUCACAGCGGUGCUGGCGUCUCAUGCUGCUCUUUUGGGGACGGGAUCGCCACAUCUCCCCCCUCCACCCCCGUAUUUUUCUGGCCCAGGCCCGCACUGGGGCCGAAUGAUCGGCCAGGGCUGCCUCGGCCUCCGGGUCCGAAGAGGGGCUCUCAGCACCCUCUCUCUAACCCGCGGCUUGUGAGGAUGGCCGGGCUAGGUCCUCCGGGAUGGGGGGUGGGGGAGCUCUCGGAUCGGAGGCUGUGACGGAUCAGCGGCCGCGUCCCCGGGCCCCUGUGGUGUCUGGAGGCUUCUCGGACAAAGGGUUUCCUACCCAGCCGAAAAGGGAUGUUUGCACAGCAAGGCCCCAGCCAGUGUUCUGUGCCAAGGUCUUUGUGGCUAGGCUGCGCCAACCUGGUAGAGAGCAUGUGCGCACUGAGUUGCCUGCAGAGCAUGCCCAGUGUCAGAUGUCUCCAGAACACUUCAGUUAUGGAAGAUCAAAAUGAAGAUGAGUCCCCAAAGAAAAGUACUCUUUGGCAGAUCAGUAAUGGAACAUCAUCUGUGAUCGUCUCCAGAAAGCGGCCAUCAGAAGGAAACUAUCAGAAAGAAAAAGACUUGUGUAUAAAAUAUUUUGACCAGUGGUCUGAAUCAGAUCAAGUGGAAUUUGUGGAGCAUUUGAUUUCCCGAAUGUGUCAUUAUCAGCAUGGACAUAUUAACUCUUACCUGAAGCCCAUGUUGCAGCGGGACUUCAUUACCGCCUUACCAGAACAAGGCUUAGAUCACAUAGCAGAGAACAUUCUUUCCUACCUGGAUGCCAGGUCUCUGUGUGCAGCAGAGCUGGUAUGCAAAGAAUGGCAGCGAGUGAUCUCCGAAGGAAUGCUUUGGAAGAAACUGAUUGAGCGAAUGGUACGAACCGACCCUCUAUGGAAAGGCCUUUCGGAAAGAAGAGGGUGGGAUCAAUACCUGUUUAAGAACAGACCCACAGAUGGCCCUCCCAAUUCAUUUUAUAGGUCAUUAUACCCAAAGAUUAUCCAGGAUAUAGAGACUAUAGAAUCUAAUUGGCGGUGUGGCAGACACAACUUGCAGAGGAUUCAGUGUCGCUCUGAAAAUAGUAAAGGUGUCUACUGUUUACAGUAUGAUGAUGAAAAAAUUAUCAGUGGCCUACGAGAUAAUUCCAUUAAGAUUUGGGAUAAAACAAGCCUUGAAUGUUUGAAAGUGUUAACAGGACACACGGGCUCAGUCCUCUGUUUGCAGUAUGAUGAGCGUGUUAUUGUAACUGGUUCUUCAGAUUCUACUGUAAGAGUCUGGGAUGUGAACACAGGUGAAGUUCUCAACACGCUGAUCCACCACAAUGAGGCUGUGCUGCACUUACGCUUUAGCAAUGGACUGAUGGUGACAUGUUCCAAGGAUCGCUCCAUUGCCGUGUGGGACAUGGCUUCGGCCACCGAUAUCACUUUACGCCGUGUCCUGGUUGGCCACCGCGCUGCUGUCAAUGUAGUAGACUUCGACGAUAAGUACAUUGUAUCUGCUUCCGGUGACAGGACCAUCAAAGUCUGGAGUACGAGUACCUGUGAAUUCGUUCGCACUCUGAAUGGGCACAAGCGAGGCAUUGCCUGUCUGCAGUACAGGGAUCGACUGGUCGUCAGUGGCUCGUCAGAUAAUACCAUCAGGCUAUGGGAUAUUGAAUGUGGUGCCUGCUUGCGAGUCCUAGAGGGACAUGAGGAAUUGGUCCGAUGCAUCCGGUUUGAUAACAAGAGGAUUGUCAGUGGUGCCUAUGAUGGGAAAAUUAAAGUUUGGGACUUACAAGCAGCUCUGGAUCCGCGGGCCCCAGCAAGCACCCUGUGUUUGCGCACGUUGGUGGAACAUUCUGGACGUGUGUUCCGGCUGCAGUUUGAUGAGUUUCAGAUCAUCAGCAGCUCCCACGACGACACUAUUUUGAUUUGGGAUUUCUUAAAUGUGCCUCCCAAUGCCCAGAAUGAGACCCGCUCUCCCUCCAGAACAUACACAUACAUCUCCAGAUAACAGUCUGCACUUUCACCCUCUUCUGGGUUUCCUA